AUGUCGAAGAUCACAGUCGCCGGAGUUCGUUCCAACGUCCAGGAGUUGCUGGACUACUCCCUCAACGAGAAGAAGCGUAACUUCCUCGAGACCGUCGAGCUCCAGAUCGGCCUCAAGAACUAUGACCCCCAGCGUGACAAGCGUUUCUCGGGUACCAUCAGCCUGCCCACCAUCCCCCGCCCCAACAUGGCCAUCUGCAUUCUGGGUGACCAGCACGAUCUCGAUCGUGCCAAGCACGGCGGUGUUGAUGCCAUGAGCGCCGAUGACCUGAAGAAGCUCAACAAGAACAAGAAGCUCAUCAAGAAGCUCGCCCGCAAGUACGACGCUUUCGUCGCUUCCGACUCCUUGAUCAAGCAGAUCCCCCGUCUCUUGGGUCCCGCUGGCAAGUUCCCUACCCCCGUCUCGCACGCCGACGACCUUACUGGCAAGAUCAACGAGGUCAAGAGCACCAUCAAGUUCCAGCUGAAGAAGGUUCUCUGCAUGGGUGUCGCCGUCGGUAACGUUGGCAUGACCCAGGAGCAGCUCGUUGCCAACAUCAUGUUGGCCAUCAACUACCUUGUCUCCCUGCUGAAGAAGGGCUGGCAGAACGUUGGAAGCUUGACCAUCAAGGCUUCCAUGUCUCCCCCCAAGCGUCUCUACUAG